UUAUAUAUGGUUGAUUCACUCCUCCUCUAAAGGGCGCCUGUGAUUUACGUCAUCAGAGCGCGCCGCUUACCUUGACAUUAACGGCGCUGUAUCCAUGCGGAAUGUUUUUGAAGUUUGUUAAAGGGUAAAAGGAGUAAAACAUGUCCGUGAAACAAGCCUCGAUCCAUGCUAAAUGGAUUAUCGGGAGAGUCAUUGGAACCAAGAUGAACAAGACAGCAAAAGUCCGUGUUACUAGACUGGUCCUGGAUCCAUAUUUACUCAAGUUUUACAACAAAAGGAAGACGUACUUCGCUCACGACGCCUUGCAGCAGUGCACCGUGGGAGACAUCGUUUUGCUCAAGGCUUUGCCGGAGAGGCGAACCAAACACGUCAGGCAUGAACUGGCGGAGAUCGUGUUCAAAGUCGGGGCAGUGGUCGAUCCCUUGACAGGCAAGAAGGUUGCAGGAGCGCAGUAUAUAGAACCUCUCACCGAAUCCACAGAAAACCCAGAGGUGUCAUUAACAGAAAAAAUACAAGAGCUGAACAUUUCUGCGGCUCCUCCACCCCCCAGUUCUGCCACUUAACGCCGUGUUUGUAUAUGAAUGUAUGAAUAUAAAUGUGUACUUGUUGAUCUGUGAUUAAAAAUCAGUUAUGCGUG